GGAGUUGGAGUUGGAAUUGCAACAGACGACGUACGAUAACGCAUUCAUGAUUCAUCCACCAUCACACUAGUCGUGAAAAGGGGGGUAGCAGCCAUCACUACCAUCGUUGCCGAUUCUUUCUAACUCGACCUCAGCCCUAAAACCCCUGCCGUAAUCAAGCGCACAACUUCUCCCUUUUAUCCAUCCACACAUCCGCUCAUAAAGAAAGAUGGGGAUCAUAGAAAGGAUCAAAGAAAUUGAAGCCGAGAUGGCUCGAACUCAGAAAAAUAAAGCAACAGAAUAUCAUUUGGGUCAGCUGAAGGCUAAGAUAGCAAAGCUAAGGACACAAUUAUUAGAGCCACCCAAAGGUUCUAGUGGAGCUGGAGAGGGUUUUGAGGUUACAAAAUAUGGCCAUGGUCGUGUCGCACUUAUAGGAUUUCCAAGUGUGGGAAAAUCGACACUCUUAACCAUGUUGACGGGAACACAUUCAGAAGCUGCAUCAUAUGAAUUUACAACUCUGACAUGUAUUCCUGGGAUUAUUCACUACAAUGAUACUAAAAUUCAGUUGCUUGAUCUUCCUGGAAUUAUCGAAGGGGCCUCUGAGGGUAAGGGGCGUGGUAGGCAGGUUAUUGCAGUUUCGAAGUCAUCAGACAUUGUGCUGAUGGUUCUUGAUGCUUCAAAAAGUGAAGGGCAUCGACAAAUAUUGACAAAGGAGCUGGAAGCUGUUGGCUUGCGCUUAAACAAGAAACCACCACAAAUAUACUUCAAAAAGAAAAAAACUGGGGGUAUUUCCUUCAACAGCACCAUGCAAUUGACUCAUGUGGAUGAAAAGCUUUGCUACCAAAUUCUACAUGAAUACAAGAUUCACAAUGCAGAGGUGUUAUUUCGUGAGGAUGCCACUGUGGAUGAUCUGAUCGAUGUUAUAGAAGGAAAUCGUAAGUACAUGAAGUGUAUAUAUGUCUACAACAAAAUAGAUGUUGUAGGUAUCGAUGAUGUUGACAAAUUAGCACGUCAACCGAAUUCUAUCGUUAUUAGCUGCAACCUAAAGCUGAAUUUGGAUAGACUGCUUGCAAAGAUGUGGGAAGCAAUGGGGCUAGUCAGGGUUUACACGAAGCCACAGGGCCAACAACCUGAUUUUGGCGAUCCUGUGGUUCUUUCUGCUGAUAGAGGUGGGUGCACUGUAGAAGACUUCUGUAACCAUAUACAUAGAAGCCUGGUGAAAGAUGUGAAGUAUGUUCUGGUCUGGGGCUCAAGUGCAAGGCAUUACCCCCAGCACUGUGGGCUUAGUCAUGUUCUUCAGGAUGAGGAUGUCGUUCAGAUCGUCAAGAAAAAGGAGAGGGAAAGCGAAGGAAGAGGCCGGUUCAAGUCACACACAACUGGCCCUGCUCGAAUUGCUGAUAGAGAAAAGAAGGCUCCUCUGAAGACUUAAAACAUCUCCUUGGCUACUAAUACUGUGUUUUUUGUGGGGUUUGGAAGCUGGCAGAUGAAAAAAUAUCAAAAUUUUGAGAGCAUUCUUGUGUUACCACCAGCUUAAAAAUCUUUUUGUAUCGUUUUGAUCGGACAUAGGUAAUGUUUUCAUUAUUGAACCCUUAAACCUUGUGAGGCUAAUAUUUUACGCUGAACCGAGGAACAGACGAUGAUACGUGUUUCGGAGUUUCUGUUGGUACUCAAAUGUGGUUUUAGAAAGCUUUCGCUUUGUUUCACUCUUUUAAGUUUCAAAUUGUUGGUACUCGGUUCCAUUUAGAGGUGC